AUGGCACAGCGCCUCCCUGGCGGAGGAUUUAUCCUCUCACCACCCGCGUCUUCAAUAGCAUCGUCCAAUACAAAUGCCGUCCUCCCACAACCCCGCGACUCGCCUCUCCGACCAGGCGGCAGCAAAGAAGGCACCUUCAUCCGCUAUGUCGACCAGCAGCUCCUACACAUUCAACGCCGAUACGCGAAACGCACAACGCCAUCCUCCUCCAACCCUCUUGCAAAUGCCGAUCGCGAGAAGGCAGAUACUUGGGGCGAUGUGCGUGGCUACGCGUCAAUGAAAGAGGCGUGUAAAGAUUUCGAGGAGUUGAUGGGUGUCGUGUGGGUCAGUGGAACCCCGAGUUUGCAGGUGCCUUAUUUGAUCAACAUUGCGCUUUUGGUGCAAGGGGUUGUGCAAGGUAUGCCGCCGAGUCCGAGGACUCUGUUUAGAUUACUUGGGAAGCUGGACUUUGCGUUUGCGAGUCUUUUGCAAGGGAGAGAUGUUGAGAGUGGAGAGCGACUGCCUGGUUUCGUGGGGAGAGGUGUUAGUGGGACGGAGAAGGUGAGGAUACGGAGCUUGGUUGAAAGGACGAGGUUGGAUGUUAUGGAGGCUUUCAAGAAGGGAGAUUUUGAAGAUGAGCCGUAUGAGGAGACGGCGACGGAUAUUGAUACUGAUAUGGAAGGUCUGCUGGUGCUUGAGGGAGAUGAUCAUGAGCAGAGGACAGAAGAGGACGAAAGCUUCGAUAUGCAGAUUGCGAGGGUGUAUGAUCGCACUAUGGUGGAGCUUGGAGACAGUCUGGCCCAACCAGAUAUUGGAAUCAUCACCGAGGGGAGAGGUUGA